GGUGGUGAAACGUGGUAAUCUAGUGCAAAAAUGGCUUUGACCGUCGUACCCUCGACCCGCGUUUUCAACGGAAACGUGGGGACGCAGGCCUACGUUUCCGGUUCCACAGGCACGAAAUGCCUUUGCUGCCCUUACGGCUACCACAUCGACCUGGACUUCGUGCGAUACUGCGAGGCGGUUGCAGCAGGAAGUGCCGGCGACAGGUCUAGCAUCGAGAGACGCAAGAAAAGGGAACGUCGGAGGCAAUGUCAAUCGAUGGAAGUUCUACUUGGCCUGGUGAGUCCAGCCCUGGUCGGAAUAGAGGCCGAACUGCCUAAAAUACUACAAGAACCUGCGACGACGAAUGGCGUGACUACUUUGCCGAGGUCGAGCUACGACAAGCAAGGGUACACGCAACAAUCAACGGCCCUCGACCUCAGCGACGUCGUGGGCGACUUCGAGGCGACCCUGAAACGAUCCUCCAGGUCGACCACAUCCUCUGAUAAACAGGAACGAACGGAGAACGAUGGAACGAACACGGCGACGCCAGUGCAGAACAACGCGCAAACCGAGCACCAAGGGGGUGAUUUUGACAACGCGAGCGUCGGCAGCGGAAACUCGAAUCUCAGCACCGGCGCGCUACAGAACAUCCGAGAGCAAAUGGCUGCAUCGUUGGAACGGAUGAAAGAGCUGGAGGAACAGGUCAAGGCGAUUCCCACGUUGCAGGUGCAAGUGUCAGUUCUGAAAGAGGAGAAGCGAACUCUGCUGCGACAAGUGGACGAGCUGAGCAAGAUGAGCCCGCGCAACGAAUGCGUGUUGCACAGGUACCGGAGCCAGUCGUUCUCGGAACAACGCGGCUCCCAGCGAAAUCCGAAGAACGCGGCCACGCCAACCAGAGACAUGGGAACGAUGUGUGGAGUGAUGACACGGGACGUCGGUGUUUCACACCAGCAGGUUCGAACACGAGAUAUCGGCAUGAUAACUAGCACGCCGAUAAAGCAGUGCCUGCAACGGAGUCGAUUGCAGAUCGAAGAAAUCGUACCUGAAAUCAAAGACCAGAGCACGUUGUUCGACGACAGGACACCGUCGAGCCUCGACAAGCUCUACUCGAGCGAUUCUCGCGACAGUUGGAGGUCGACCUUAACCCGUAGCCGACUGAUGUACGAGGAAAUAACACCGGAAACGAAGAUGACUAGGAGUCGUCUGAUGAGAAGCCCGCUUCAAAUGGAAUCGAUACCUCCAACCAGUCCGAAAUUGCUCAGAGAUUUGAAAAAGUUUCGCGAUAUUGGAAUCAACACGAGGAAUAAGCUGAAAGAUUUGGUACACAGUCAAUUUAUAAUCGAGGACAUAGCACCGGAAAUAAAGAAAGAAGUGAAGAAAAGAUCUUGCGGAACAACGACUAGUUUAAACAUGAAGGACGUAUUAACGAAAGAUGAUAUUGCGAUUAUCGUGGAUGACGCUCUGAGCACCUAUAAGAGUACCCUGAUGAAAGAUACAAUUUCUAGGGGUUGUCAAUGUACCCCAGAACCUCUUAAAAUGAUCGAGAAGAGGGAUCAGUUCGUCCAGGUGGCGGAACCGUUUAAAAUGAGAACGAACGUGGGAAUAAUGGUGAAGCCCAGGGUGUCUGAAAUUGGAAUUGAGGUUAGAACUGGUCCAGGAACGAGAAGCAUCGCUGUUGGUCCUGAUCCACUUGCUGUUCAAUCGUUAUCGUUGCAUUCGAUGAACUCGAGAAGUCAUUCGUUUAAUUACGGCGACACUAAGGUGAAAAGAAAGACCACGAAGUCUGUGAGUGUUAUGGUAGACGAUUUGAUAAGGACAACGGUGAAGAGUACCGAUACCACCGGUCUGGCGCCUAAGAAACGUGAGUUCGGUACGUCGCCGAUAAAAAAGAAAUUCACAGACGUCUCGGUCGGGGAGUCGAUAAAACCGCACAUUUCUAUCUCGUGCGCGGCCAAUUAUUGCGAUAACUGUAAGGAGACGAUAAAAAAUUUGGCGAAGCAGAUUGUCAACAACGCGGAGAAUUAUAUGAAUCAUCAGAACACGAAUCUCGUCUCAAGAAUACCAAGGCCGUCUCAUAUACCACUGAACAACGCGCUAGAUCAUAGAAGACAGUUUAAAAGGCAGGAUACGUACACGAAAAUACCGGCUGCUGGUGUGAUAAGAUACGAUUCCGAUAACAAGGAACAAUAUGACAACAGUAAUCGUAUCCAACAAUUACAAGGGGAGAAAAAAAAAGAUGAGAAGUCAGAGGAGAUAUACGCAACAGAAAAGCAAUCAGAUAUUGAAGAGAAACAUGAGCUCCCUGAAUCUGCAUUGUUUCAACCAAUUCAAGAGAAACCUAGAAAGAAGGUUGAACCUUCAAAGGAAAUGCAGGCCGCCAUGAAGGUUCUGAAUGAUAGCCUUAAAAAAUCUCCUAGCAAAAAUAUCUCUCAUCAAAUGAAAAAUGCUAUCAAUAUCAUCCAACAGGAAUGGUUUAAAAUCUCAAGCACAGUGAAUGCUAAUCCUUUAGAGGUGGAAGAUUACCUAGAUUGUUUCGAGGAAUAUUCCAGUUCUUUAUUGGAAUACAUUGUUAACAUGACCGACUCAAGUGGGAACACUGCAAUGCAUUAUGCAGUCUCCCAUGGAAAUUUCGAUGUUGUAUCUAUACUUCUUGAUUCAAAAGUUUGCGAUAUUAACAAAGCAAAUAUGGCUGGAUACACAGCUGUGAUGUUGGCAGCUCUUGCUGAAGUUAGAAAUUCCACUCAUGCAUCAGUGGCUAACAGGUUGUUUCAACUUGCUGAUGUUAAUAUCAGAGCAAAAUUGCAUGGUCAAACUGCCUUAAUGUUGGCAGUAUCUCACGGUCGCAAAGAUAUGACCCAAUUACUUCUGGAUGCUGGAGCAGCAGUCAACAUUCAAGAUGAAGAUGGCAGUACAGCUUUAAUGUGCGCCGCCGAACACGGGCACACAGAAAUCGUACGAUUAUUACUCGCACAUGCAGACUGUGAUCCAUCGAUCCUUGAUGUAGACGGUAGUUCCGCUCUAAAAAUCGCGUUAGAAGCGGGCAAUCGAGAUAUCGGCGUGUUACUUUACGCUCACGAGCGCGUGAAUCGAGGAACAAGUCCAUAUUCUUCGAUGAGACGAAGUAGAAGAGGUUCCAAACCAACAACACCUACCGGACCCUCCCCAUCCGCCCCAGUAAGCCCAGCUCCAUCCCGAAGAAUUCAUUCAUCAACCGUUUCCCUGAACACCUCAAAAUAUUCUGCAAAAUAAUUUACGAAACAUUUA